CGCUGCUGCUGCUUUUGUACCCGAUUAAACGCCCGUUUUAGUCUUUCGAAGGCAGAGAAAUUUAGACAACAGUGGUCAAAUAUAUCUAAACACUUAACAUCAUAAUCGCAAGAUUAACUUUACUCUCAAAUUGUUUUACUCAGACUGAGCAGUUCACACUUUGGCAUUGUUACGUUUCUGGUUAACAACUUGUGAGUAGCCUCCUUUUGGUGAAAUAUUUUGUUUAAAUGAUAAAGACAAUUCAAACGCUUGCUACUCCUUGCUGAAGGAAAACGGACUCUUCGACCCCAAAGUUUGGGUUGUGAAUGAAAUUAACCUUUUGCAUAAACGUUCUUACUGUCACUUUAAAUCAUAUCGUUGGAACUACACAAUAAUGUUCAUCCGCUAAAAAGCGAGUUGUUUUGAAGUAACUUUACGUUAGUUGCUUAAAAUCAAGAUUGUGAUGUCGUACAGACGUUGCGCUGUUUAUGGGUGUGUAAGAACAACGUCUUUGCACAUGCUGCCGAAGGACCCAGACGUCAGAGAGAAAUGGAUUCAGUUUAUUGUUAAGAAGAGCUCUACUCAAAUAAAUGCUCACUUGCGUGUUUGCUCAUCACAUUUCACCAGCGGAUGCUUUGAAAACAAAUCGCAAUACGAUGCUGGUUUUGCACAAAAACUUUUGCUCAAAGAUCGGGCCGUGCCAACUAUUUGGGACCCAACAAGAAUCAAGCAAACUAACGUUCAACAAUUACCUGCUGUGGUUGAUCUACAUUUUGAUGAAACAAACCAAACUACAGAGAAUGAUGUGGGGGAUGCUACAAACUACAACAGCAAAGGACUUGUUUUUUGUGACCAAGACAGCGUGGCCUCCAGUUUGGACUUCAUGUUUACUGGCGGUCUUGACCCCCUUCAAGAUUGGCCUUCAUCUGAGAUAGAUUCACCAGAGGACAACGAGGCCAGUUUACAUAAGAGAAAGCGACCCAGCUUGUCUUCCACAUCUGCUCUCCCUGAAAAAGGUGCUUGGAGGAAUCGACAAGAUUGUGUCUCAUUUAAAACGUGGCAGAGUGGAGUUAAGUCAGAUGAUGAACCGUCUCAUCCUGUCUUCACACCUGUCCAAGAACCCGGCCCAAAGUUCAUAUCAAAUUCCUGCAACAAUCCCCUAAAGUUCUUCCAGCUGUUCUUUUCAAAACCCAUAAUGCAGGAAAUAGUCACGAACACAAAUAUCUAUGGAACCAAAUGUCAGAAAACAGGAAAGCGGUGGGAGAAGAUUACUCGGAAAGAGUUAGACUCAUUUAUAGCACUGGUCAUUUUUAUGGGACUGUUCAAGUGCUCUUCGCUGGCGGAUUACUGGCGAGAUUCAAAAUACUUCGGUCUGAUGUUUCCUGGCCGAAUCAUGUCUUACCAGAGAUUUCUAUCAAUCUCCAACGCUCUCCAUAUAAGUGAUAUCACAGAAGAUGAGGAGAACAGCAAGAAGAAGGGAACACCAGACUAUGAACGCCUGGGUAAAAUUCAGCCCCUGUAUCAAAUCAUCAGGGAGGCCUGCAAGACCUAUUAUCAUCCAUUUCAGAACAUCACAAUCGAUGAAAGGAUGGUGACAUCAGAGGCUAGAACGGGGCUCAGAAAAUGCAUAAUGGACAAACCUUCAAAUAAUGGGUAUAAACUCUUUGCACUAUCAGACUGCACCAGUCACUACACAUGGGACUUCUUUGUUUAUGAGGGAAAGUCAUGUGCGUCACAGAGCCAGGGCCUAAGCUAUGAGUCUGUCAUGACUUUGGUGGAUGAAAAUAUGCUGGGUACUGGGUAUAAGCUGUUCGUAGACCAAUUUUACACCAGCCCCACGCUUUUCAGGGACCUUCUUCACAAGAGCAUAUGGGCCUGUGGUCCAUUUUGGGCGAACAGGAAAGGAUUUCCAAGACCAACAGUGAAUGGUUUACCAAAAAACGCCCCACAAGGCACGACGCGUUGGAUUAAGGACAAAGAGCUGCUGUUUGUUCGCUGGAAAGAUGAGCAGGAAGUGCAGAUGUGCUCAACCUUCCAUAAAGCUUAUGAAGGAGACACUGUGAAGAGGAAGGUGAAGAGAGGAGACGGAACAUGGAUCUCUGCUGAUAUCCCCAUUCCAGCUCCGGUUUUGGACUACGAAAGGAACAUGGAGGCACUGGACCCAUCCAAUUGCAUUACCGGACAUUUCAGACUUCUGCACAAGCCUAGAGAAUGGUAUCAGUCUGUUUUUUAUCACGCUUUGGACAUUGCCAUAGAGAAUGCAUUCAUCCUGCAGGAAAUGACACCCAAGGCAAAGAACAAAAGGGCUUCGACACGUACGGCGUUCUUGGAGAUGCUCAUUUUAAAGCUUAUUGCAGGAGUCCCAGUUCCCUCAGCUCGUCCGUCUGCUGCCAACUCCACAGCAAAGACACCUGCUACUUCGGCUCCUUCCUCCCCUGCCUCAUCCUCAUUCCACAAUCCAAAGCACAUCACACAGGACAGCAGUGCUGGUGGACGGAAGUGCGAGCUGUGCCAACAGGAAACUACAGUCAUGUGUGUGACUUGUGAUGUGAUGUUGUGCUUUCAGCCACAGCGUGACUGUUAUAAUGACUGGCAUGAUAAGCAAGGUUUAUGAUUGAUGGCAUUGGCUACAAUAAAUAUAGGCGGGUUCACAUCAAAAUUUCAGUAGUAGUUACAUUUUAUUAGGAAUGCACAGUGACAUGUUAUAUUAUGUUCAAAAAAAUGAUUUGAACUAAUCUGUUAAUCUGGUUUUGGCCAAGGAAGUGCUUUUGUUCAUGCAUACAUACAUAUUUCAUGUUUGUGUACUUUUUCAGUAAAAGUUGUAAAUUAAAGGUUAAAUAGCUUACAAGGCAAAGAGUGAGUCGAUUAAUCAAUUACCGAAUUCAUUGACUAACCAUGUUUUUAUAGACACAUUGUCUGCUAAGAUCUGGGAGCUGUCCAUUGUGCUGAAUCUAGUGCUACUCUGAGGCAAUCAUCUUUUACUGAAAGGAUCAA